AUGGAGGAUGACUUCGGCGACUUCCAGGAUUGCCCGGACAUCGUAAAGCAGCUGGAGCUGGCCAAAAAGCAGGGUGAGGCCGGUGAUGGGGCGGCGCCAAGGGCCGGUAGAUCCAAGGCCAAAGCGAAGGCCAAGGCUGCGGUCCUGAAGAUUUGCUUCAUCACAACGUGCGAUUCCCAGUGCUUGAAGGGCAAGAGAUGGUGCAAACCACAUAACCAGACUUAUGACAACAUGCAUUACCAAGCCAGAAAAGCCGGUGAGGUCGAGGCUUUGGAUGAAGCAAUGGGCAACAGCGCAACGGCAACUGCAGCCAUGGAGGAGUUCGAGGAGAUGAACCCCUCGGAUGGAAAAUGGAAGCGCAAACAGCUGAUCAAUUGGUCACAGUUCAAGCGGCUUUACUGUGUAUCCCAGAUCAGGAGAAGCCGCCAAGGAACUCGCCCGUUUGAACACGGUGAGUGGAUGAUCCGGGGCGAGAAGACCAUGGGGUGGAGCAAGUCGGCCACUCAGACUGAGUGGGACAAGCAUUUCAAGGAUCCCAGCAUUCACCGAGACAAGCUCGGCAUCGACAAGAGCGACCGCCUCUGGAUCCCGGUGAUAGAGGAGCGCCACCGGGACACCGAUCACAUCAAGUCCUCCAUGCUCGAGGAGGGCGGGGCUCAAGAGAAGCAGCUGAGUGCUGAUGACCGUCGUGUGCUCUUGGCUCAGUGCAAAAGCAACCUGCGAGAUCGUGACCCUGACAGCUUCUUUACUCACGAUGCCGAGGACACUGAGGAAACGCCGCCUCCAAAAGGAACCAAGCGUGGAUUGGAGGAGGCUGAUGAGGCUCAGACUCCGGCCGAGAAGAAGUUGAAAGCCAAGCUUGACAAGCUUUCCUCCUCAGGCCCAGCAUUCACUGCCUUCAAGAACGCCGCCGCCACCAAGGUUGAAGACAAGCUUGCAGCCCACGUGAGAACAGCACAGGUUGUGAGGGCCAAGAUGAACGAGGCCCGUACGGCCACGGAGGAGUACAAGAAUGCGCUCACUGAGAAGGAUGCGGUUGUGGAUUCAUGGCAGGGUUGUGUUGCAGCCUGUGGAGAGAUUCUGGCGACUUGGGAUUAUGAUAUCCCCAAUCCGGCAGGUGACAAUGCACAGGAGACGUUCGAGAAGUACCAGGUCAAGCUUGAGGACACGCUCAAGAGGCUACCGGAUGUGAAGCUCGUGAAGGGCGACAGCAAGCUGUUUCCGAAGGGCUACUUCGAGUGCCAGGCUCAUGUGAUGCGGGCCUGCAAGACAGCUCAGGAAGUGAACGACAUUCAGACCGCGCUCAUGAAGACGCACCUAUGUACAGUGGACUUGUUCUUGAAAUCGAUCCUGAAGAUCUGCAACGAUGCUCAGAGCUACAUCAAGCAGAAGAAGGCUUCCCAGGAUCGUUCAGAGGCCAGGAAAAAGAGACAGCAGGAGGCGGAGCAAACUUUGAAGGCGAAGGAAGCCGCCAAGAAUGCAGCCCAAAAGGCCAGGAUGUUUAGCAAGCAGGCCCACCCCAUCUUCGGCAUCAAGGAGGACUCGUGGAAGGCCUUCUUGGUUCACUCCGGCGAGAACUUUGACGUCGCCGCGAACGUGAAUAAGCCGUGGGUCAUGCGGGCAAGUGCAGCUGCUAAGACUUGGAGGAAUCACUCAGACAGCAGUGUGAAACUCUCUGAGUUUGGCGGGGCAUAUCGCAAGACUCCGUCGAUCAAGGUUGAUGGCAGGGCCAUGGCCCCUGUUUUGCAAAAGCAGGGAAAAGAGCAAGGCGAGGCGAUGAUGCAGAAGUUUGCUCCGACUACAAAGUUGUUGGACCUCUCCAAGCUUUCAGACGGGGCCCUCUUUCAGGCCAACUUGUGGUAUUGGGGUUUCGACAACAAGAUGUCUGGCGCCUUCCUGGCUCCCAAUGCUGCAUCCCUGAUCCGUGUCGUGGCUAUGGGGUCUGUGAGUAUGGUAGCCUUUGACGUGGCCAAGAUCGUGACUCAAAUGGAGGGCGUGAACAAGGCGCCAAACAGCCUCUCAGAUGUCACGGACUUUAUUCUGAGUUUGGAUGACACGUACUUCAUUGAGCAUGCUGACGAGAACCUUGGCUACGCCACGACGCUCAACCAAGAUGACAUUUGCUUUGUGCCUCAGGGCUGGAUCAUCGCGGAACAGGUCUCAAGCACAUCAUCCUUGACUUACGGUGUGAGAAAAAGCUAUCUCAUCGAUGAUGUUGCAUCCAAGAACAGUUACCUGGCAGCAGUCAAGCUGCUGAAAAGUGGCGGCGGCCGCAACACCGAGAAGAUGGAGGAAGUGGCCAAACAGUUCUCCGCGGAUGCAGUCGUGGGUGAUGGAGCUGCUCCGGCAGCUGAGGCAGCUCAGGCUGCUGUCGCUGCAUCGUGA